CUCGCUAUACACUUUGUUGGCUGCUAAAAUUUAAUUGCGUAUAAGGUCUUUCAUGCCACUUCUCCUGGCAGUAUUGUCUGUGUUAAUAAAGCUAUCCUUGUUUCGGUAAGAUGGCGUCUCCCGUAAGCUGUGACAACAGGGGAUGAACCAUUCUUUCAGAGGCUUAGUCAAAGCAUAUAUUUCAGGACAUCAGAAAUGAAGUCUCCUGAAAAGAAAAAAUCCCGCAAAAGUCUAUCCUUAUCUAAAAAGAAAACUGAUGUAAACCUAAAAACCAAUCCGUUAUCAAGCAAAUCACCAGCAUCCCCAUCAAUUAUUGCACUAUUUAAAAAUGCACCACCUACAAAGCUGUCCUGCCCUCUUUGUGCUGAAAUGGUGCCACGAUUUGGUCUUAACAAACACCUGGAUGAAACAUGCCAAAAAGCAAAGAAAGGCGACGACGAUGUCAUACUGAUUGAAGAACAGGAUUCCAUGCAGUCAGAACAAUCAUGUGGAAGCACCCAACUAGAAGACCUCAGAAAUCCAGCCUCUAGAAUGAAUAAUAAGAUUAGUCCUCCUAAACCUAAUGAGAAGCAAACAAGCUCCUAUUUUAACAAAGUUGACCCUGUAAAGGAACUUCACAAUGAAAAAGAAACACAUAUUAUUAAAACAGUGCCACUGGGAAGUCUUUCCUCCAAACUCUCCAGAAGACGGCAAGUACGUGAAAUGAAGCAGGAAAUGCAAGAAAAUAAGAAAGAUGCUGCUGGUUCUGUUGAAUCUUUAAGUGAGGACUUUUCUGUUUUGACAGAUGAUCAUCUUAAAAAUGCUAAUUACAGCUGUACCUUUGUUUCUAAGUGUGAAGAGACAGACCCUACUAAUAGAACAAGAUUUGAUGCAAAAUGCCACAAUCAAAGUGCUGCUAAAGGGGACACUGGUGCAGCGCAAUAUAGUCACAAUCAUGAUGAAUGCCUAAAUCCCACAUCUAGCAGUGUUAAAUCUAUGUCUCUUGGACCAAUGGACAGAAAGCUAGUUGAUAAAGAUACAAAACCUAAAAGGCACAAUUUGGAACAAGAGAAGAAAGUUUGUAAAAGAGCAAAACAUUGUGAUCUUCCUGCAGAAACUUUUGAAUCUGCUUUGGCAAAGAAACACGGUGAUGAAGACAACAGUCAUUCUAAUGAAAUGGAAGAUAAAAGUGUGCUAGAAGAAUUUUUUAAACCGUUUAAUGAUCCAGAUAGCCAAGAGGAAGUAGAUAGAGUUCAGAAUGAAAUGGAUGUUAGCAAUACGCAAGAAUCUUCACCUCAAUCUACUACCAUACCGUAUUAUCAGCGGAACUUUCUGAUGGUUCUUCAUACAGUAAUGGAAAGUGAAGAAGAUAUGAGUCUCUUCAGUGAAGAAGAUAUACAUAUCUUAACGACAUUUAAAGAACUUUCAGCCGGUGGGCAAAAGCUAUAUGUGCGGUUAUUUCAACGGAAGCUAAACUGGCUGAAGAUAAACAAAAUAGAGUAUCCAGAGAUUUCCUCAGAUUUGGUUCCAUUUAUUGAAGAACUGGUCCGAAAUGGAUUUCUCCAGUCAGACUCCGAACUGCAAGAACUGUCUGAAGCACUGGAUCUUCUCUCUGCUCCAGAACUGAAAAUGUUGGCAAAAGGCUUUCAUUUGGCAAAUCCAAAUGCUCCAAAGCAGCAGCUCACUGAGGAGCUUCUGCGAUUAUCAAAACAACGCAGUGUGUUCAGUCUUGGCAAGAAUCAGCCUGGCAUUGCAGCAGUAAUUCUGAAAAAGGCUAAAGAGAUUGCAGGUCGAGCAGUGCGGGUUUGUAAAGGUCCAAGAGGAGUGUUUUCCAGAGUCCUUCUUCUUUUCUCUUUAACUGAGUCUAUGGAUGUUGAAGAAGCUGCCAGUGGAGGACAAACUCAGCUCUCCACGGUCCUUAUGGUGAACAUGGGACGUAUGACAUUCCCUGAAUAUACUGUACAAAGAAGCACUCAGAUCUUUAACGACCGAGAAGAUCUCAUUCGGUAUGAGUCUGCAAUGCACAAGUUGGUAGACGUAGCAGUAGCCAUGACGAAUGGUCAUUGGGAAGAAGCACAUUUCCUCUAUCAGCUUGCCCGAAAGGAAUGGGAUGAACUGAAGCAUGACCCAUCAUUAAGGAACCAUGAAAAACUGCCAGUGUAUCUUCGCUGCUUUACUGUUGGCUGGGUAUAUACCAAAGUCUUAUCGCGAGGAGUAGAGAUCCUGCAACGGCUCCACCUCUAUGAGGAAGCAGUGGAACUGCUGCAGUGCCUUUUGUCACAGAAAGUUUACUGUCCUGACAGUCGAGGCCGUUGGUGGGAUCGUCUGGCUCUUAACUUGCAUCAGCAUUUAAAACUCACCCAGAAGGCAAUUGGCGCCAUCCUAGAGGGUUUGUCUGAUCCUCACGUGCGCACAGGUCACCAGCUUUCACUGUAUCAACGUGCUGUGCGUAUGCGAGACUCGCCCAGCUGCAAAAAAUUCCGCCAGAUGUUCUGUGAACUGUCUCUUAUUGAAGUGGAUGAGGUACCUCAUGUCACCAUCAAAGGCAAAAUGUAUCCUCAGACUGGAAUGGGCAAAUCUGUAUUUAUAAUGGAAGAGCUGUCUGAAGAGGUUGGAGCAAAUGACAAUCUUUCUACUGUGAUGUGUUCGGUUGAGGAACUGUCUCUCGCCCAUUACAGACAGCAGGGCUUUGAUCAAGGAAUUCAUGGAGAAGGAUCCACGUUCUUUACACUUUAUGGUUUGCUUUUAUGGGACAUUAUAUUCAUGGAAGGAAUCCCAGAUGUUUUCAGAAACUCUUACCAGGCCUUCCCAUUGGAUCUGUACACGGAUAGCUUUUAUGAGAACAGAAGAGAAGCCAUUGAAUGUCGGCUCCAGCUGCUCCAGGAAUGCUCCACAGAGACCCUGUUUCAGCUCAUUGCUGAUGUUUGGAAUUCUCAUGAGGGUAAAGCGGCAGCAUUAGUUAACUGGGAGCGCUUCUCAUCCCUUCAGCAAGCCCAGAGUUUGGUGUCUUGCUUUGGGGGACCAUUUUUAAGUGGAGUAUGCAAGAAGAUGUCCAGAGAUAUUAGACACUGCAAAGGAGGACUCCCUGAUUUGGUAGUAUGGAAUGGGCAGACAAAGCAGUACAAGCUGGUGGAGGUGAAAGGCCCCAAUGAUCGACUGUCACACAAGCAGAUGAUUUGGUUACAUGAAUUGCAGAAGCUGGGAGCCAGUGUGGAAGUGUGCCAUGUUGUUUCAAUAGGAGCCAAAAGCAACCGAGUUGGCUAAAGUGGUUCUGAUGUGCUAGUAUGUAUAAUCUAUGUCAAAAUAUUUGUAUAUAAAAUUAACUUCAUUAACUAA